AUGAGCGACAUCACCUGGAUGGACACCACCCCAGUCGCGCCUAGCGAGAAGUACUUUGAUCUUGGCGUCUACGGCCGCAAGAUCACUACCUCGUCCCCUGAGGCCCAGGCUUGGUUCGACCGAGGCUUGGUCUGGGUUUACAUCUUCAACCACGAUGAAGGCAACUACUGCUUCCGACAGGCCAUUGCACAUGACCCCAGCUGUGCUAUGGCAUAUUGGGGUCUGGCAUACUCCCUCGGUCCCAAUUACAACAAGGCCUGGGAACGCUUUGACCGCAGGGACCUCGUUCGGUGCGUGGAGCGUGGCCACCACGCUGCUCUAAAGGCACGAGAGCUUGCGACGAAUGUGACUCCUGUAGAGCAUGCUCUCAUCAACGCCAUCAACUGCCGGUUCGAGGAUGCGGAAGCUGCAGCAGAUGUGAAAAAGCUCAACGUGAUGAACCACAAGUACGCCGAUGCCAUGGAAGCCAUUUACAAGGACAACAAGAGCGACAACGAUAUUGCGACAUUGUACGCUGAUGCCAUGAUGCAGCUCACCCCAUGGAAGCUGUGGAACCUGCAUACCGGCAAGCCCGAGCCUCAGGCGCGCACCCGGCAAAUUCAAGAGGUCCUCGAUGAUGCGCUGAGGGACAACGAGACGGCCUGGGAACAUCCCGGCGUUCUUCAUCUGUAUAUCCACUUCAUUGAGAUGUCGCCGCAGCCAGAGCUGGGCAUCAGAGCGGCAGACUGCUUGCGACAGCUGAUCCCGGACGGCGGCCACGCCCACCACAUGCCUACGCAUUUGGACGCCCAGGUUGGAGACUGGCGACGAUCGAUCGCCUCCAACCAAGAUGCGACUCGGGCUGAUGAGCGAUUCUACCGUGAAAAGGGGGCGAUGAACUUCUACACGUUCUACCGCUUGCACAACUACCAUGCGCUGAUUUACGCAUCCAUGUUUGCUGGCCAGAAGAGCACCGCUCUGGAUGCCGUGGAACGUCUAGGAUCCACGCUGCCUGAAGAGGUGCUCCGAAUCGAGUCACCUCCCAUGGCGGACUGGUUGGAGCACUUUAUUGGCGUCCGCGCUCAUGUCAUGAUCCGCUUUGGCAUGUGGCAAGACAUUGUUGACUUGCCUCUUCCCGAAGACCGUCAACUCUAUCCCUUCACCAUCGCCAUCUACCAUUAUGCCAAGGGCGUAGCUCACGCGGCUAUGAGUAAUCUCAAGGCAGCCGAGGAGCAGAGAGAGCUCUUCAAGAAGGCUGCCGCAGUUGUUCCUGAGACUAGAAAGGCCUACAUGAGCACGGCCAAGCAAAUCUUGGCCAUCGCCACAAAGAUGUUAGACGGAGAGAUCGAAUACCGUUACGGCCAGUACGACCAGGCCUUUGCUAGCCUCCGGGAAUGCAUCAGUCUAGACGACUCCCUUCCCUAUAACGAGCCGUGGCCCUGGAUGCAGCCUCCCCGCCACGCCUAUGCUGCGUUGCUCCUCGAACGGGAGCAAGUCGAAGAGGCUGCUGCCGUGUACAAGGCCGACUUGGGCUUUGACGAAACGCUGAUCCGAGCACGACGCCAUCCAAACAACGUGUGGGCGCUGCGGGGAUAUCAUGAGUGCCUCGUUCGAAUGAAGAAGGACGCCGAGGCAGCAGUCAUAGAACCAGCUUUGAGGCUUGCUAGGGCGGGUGCUGAUGUUCCCGUGGAAGCAUCCUGCUUUUGUAGACUAGAUACCUCAAAUGCGCCACCGCUAUCCGAUGGCGUGCAGGUAGAGAACGGAUGCUGUGCCAAGAAGUGA